AUGCCAUCCAGACGACAACGGCCAUUUGUUGUGAUGAGAAAGACUGUCACUCGGCCCAUUCUCGCACGCAUAUAUUCCGUCCAGCAAGGUCGUCGUUGGGUCAAAAUACCGACCUUGGAUAAUGGAAAUGGGCAGGAUCCUAUGUGCACCCACGCACUUGACGGCCCUUGGACCCAACCCCACAAACACAACUGCGAACUGCAGAUUAUCCACGGAAGACGAAGCGACACAUUUAGAAUCUUCUGUAAGAAUCACAUAUUCCUGAGGGAGAACGACACUGUCAAGGCCAUCGUUGGUGAAGAGUAUCGUUGGUGUGGAUCAAUUGUCGUCAUGAGAGCAGGCAAAGGCGAGAAGAAAUGGGUCGUGAAUAUGCGGGGAUGUCGGGACACAGUACUGGCAGACUAUGCACUGGAUCAAUUCAUCAAGCACGUCCAGCAGAGAAAACGGUUCUCCUUCCCCAAGCACCUAGUAUUCCGUAUGCCCUAG